GCCUUGCCCUCCUCCUUCCGGCUGAGGCUCCGCGGCGCCGCCGCCUGGCCCGCGCGCUCUCCGCUCCCUUCCCACGACAGCCCCGUAGUUCCGACGCGGGAGGCAGGUAACCCCGGGACAGGGAGGACUCCCAGUGAAAUGCAUCCCUGACCUGAUUGGAUCAGAGAAAGAAAAGAAGUAUCCAGAUCUCUUAGCCCUAUUGUACAGGCGGAUGUCACAUUCAGACUCUCAAGAUGGCAGCCAUUGACCUAUGCCCGAUAUGGGAUUUGCCUACACAGGACGCUGCCUGUUUCUAUGUGAGAAAUACUGAGGGGAAAAGGAUAGUGCCUGAAUUCCCAGCAACCUGGUUACAGGGACCAGUGUCCUUUAAAGAUGUGGCUGUGGAGUUCACCCAGGAGGAGUGGGUGAUGCUGGACUCUGCUCAGAGAAGUAUGUACAGAGAUGUGAUGUUGGAAAACUAUAUAAAUCUUGCCUUAGUGGAAUAUCAGUUAUGCAAGCCUGUGAUCUCCCUGUUGGGUCGAGAAGACAUAAGAACUGUGAAAAGGAGAAUUCCCCAAGCUACCUGUCCAGAUGGGGAGAUUCAACUGAAAACCAAAGAAUCAAAAUCUAAGAGUAUUUUGGGGGAAAAAUCAUCUGGUGGCAUGAAAAUGAUAAGAUUCACAAUGGAUGAUCAGUCUUCCACAUUAAGAGCAGACUGGGAAUGCUGUAAGAUCAGAAAACAGCACAAGAUCCCAGAGGGAAUUUUGAGGCAAGUGACAUUUACUCAAAAGAAGACGGCAUCUCAGGAGAGAUUCUAUGACUAUCAUGAAUUAGAGGAAAACUCUAAACUUAGAUCAAAACUUGUUUUUUCAAAGAGAGUUUCCACCAGUACAUAUUGCCAUAAAUGUUACUUAGAUAUUGAGUGUUUGAAGCAUAAUUCAAUCCUAAACAAUUAUGAAGAAGACUCUGUAAGUGAGAGGGUCUGUGAAAGUCAUGAAUAUGACAGAGCUCUGUGGCAUCUUGAAAUAACUCAGACAGCACAAAAAGAGGGCACACAUGCCAAACAUGGGAUACACUUUAAACAUAAUAAUAUGCUGCCUAUAUGCAGCAAUUUUCACAUGGUGGAGAAUUCCUAUGAGUGUGAUAAAAACAAAACCUUUUGUCAUCAUUCAUCCCUUAAGCAACAGGAGCAAACACCUACCGAAGAGAAACAUGAAUGUAAUCAGUGUGGAAAAGCCUUCAAAAGGAUUUCUAACCUUACUUUGCACGAGAGAAGUCACAUGGGUGAGAAACAAUAUGAAUGUAAAGAAUGUGGGAAAGUCUUCAAUGAUUCCUCAACCCUACGGAGACAUGUAAGAACUCACACUGGUGAGAAACCCUAUGAAUGUAAUCAGUGUGGAAAAGCUUUCAGUCAAAGAACAUCUCUUAAGGUUCAUGUGAGAACUCACACUGGAGAGAAACCUUAUGAGUGUAAUCAUUGUGGAAAAUCCUUUGGCACAAGUUCUUACCUUACAGUACACAAGAGAAUACACAGUGGGGAGAAACGCUAUGAAUGCAGUGACUGUGGAAAAGCCUUUAACACAAGCUCUCACCUUAGAGUUCACAAGAAAAUACACACUGGAGAGAACCUUUAUGAAUGCACUGACUGUGGGAAGGUUUUUAGUAGCCUCUCAUCUCUUAGAAUGCAUGUGAGAACUCAUACUGGGGAGAAACCCUACGAAUGUAAGGAAUGUAGGAAAACCUUCACUGUUUCCUCUUCCCUUAAGAGACAUGUGAGAACUCACACUGGAGAGAAACCCUAUGGCUGUAUUCAGUGUGGAAAAACCUUCAGUCAAAGUUCUUCACUUACUAUACACAAGAGAAUUCAUACUGGGAGAGAAACCCUGUAACUUAAGAAUGUGGAGUUGCCUUUUUCAUUGUCUUAAGGUGGAUUCCAAGCUCGUUGUUUCAGUCUUUGUUCUCUAAAAUAAGCAUGUAAGUCUAUAAAUAGCCCUAUAAACAGUCCUUUAGCUAUAUAACACAUUUGGUCUAUGAUAAUUUAUCUUGUUUUAAUUAUGUGUUGUCUAAUAUUUAUUAUGACUUUAUGACUUUUCAGAUCCAUAGCUAUUUAGAAUUAUGUAUUUUAAAUAUGUUUUCAGUUACCUUAUUGAUUUCUAAGUUACUUGCAUUAUCUUUGAAGUAUCUGGACUGUAUGAUACUACUCUAUUGGUACUUUCUUGAGAGUUGCUUUCUGGCCUGGUGUGGCCAUUAUUGCUGGUAGCCAAUUGAACAUCCAGUUAAUCCCUCCCUACUGACAAUACUGUUUUAGCUCACUAUACCGUUAUGUCUAAUUACAGAACUCUUCUUGGCCUCCUUAUAGCAUAUCCCUCAUUCCUGAUUGACCAAAUAUAGACAGUAUCACUGGGGACAGAGCUAUCUAGUGUUUUCUCUUUGCCUUCCCCAGUCUUCUCCCAUUGGAUUUUGCAUUCAUAGAGCUGAAUGAGCCAUCUUGUGGCUGUGAGGAUGACAACAUGGCCCAAGUAAGGAUGGUGUCAAAGAGAUCCUGGUUUCCCAAAGAUAUCUUCAAAUAGUUGUACCAGCACUGCACCACUUAUAUCUGGGCAUCUUUUUAGGUGAGAAAAGUAAGCUUGAUUAUUUUAGAAACAGUAUAUAAAUACAGUCAAUAGAGUAACCUUGUUUUAAAAAAGAAAAAGAUCACAAGGUAUGUAGAGUUAAAUAUUUUAUGUUGGAUGUACAAGUUUGGAUAAGAAUUAGAAAAGGGAGGAAUGGAAGAGCAAUGUUGAUAGAACUUUUGUGCUUAGGCUAGAGAGGAUGGAGCCAAGGUCCUUGAAAGCAGGUGUCAGAGAAGCAGGCGGGAAAUCCCAACAUUUCAGCAUGAGAAAACCAGAGAGUCUUCAAGUAGAGGGAAAGUUACCAAAAGCCCUUGAGAUUUUGCUACUUGGUCCUACAGAUACUGACCAGAUUAGCUCUAAUUUAUUAAGAAACAAAUAGGGAAGGAGGAACCUAUGAUGGAAGGAAGAGGCAGUAGUCACAGUUUUAGUCCUCUUAACUUUAUACUGUUGAGAGAUAUCUAGAUGAACAGGUUGAUGUGUAGUUCUGGACCUGAGGAGGUGUCUAGGGCGGAGACAUAAUUUUAGCAACAUCAGGAGAUAGACUAAUGGGUUUUGUGGAGGUGACUAAGACCGCAUAGGGAAAAUACAUGGUGUGAAAAGAGAAUGCCUACCACUGACCAUGGAGACCUCCUGUAUUUAAAGUAAGUAAAACUAGAGCUUUACUAAAUCAAGACAAACUAGUGUUUGAAGAAGGAAGGUAAAAUUAAAUGCUACUAUGAGGUUAAAUUAGAUGAAGUCUUAAAAAGUAAACAUAUAGCAACAUGAAGGUUAUUGUUGACCUCAGGUGGAAAUAAUGAUAUGUUAAGGAUUGGUGGUAGGUUGGGAUGAGUUUAAUAAUAAAGGAUGAGGAAGUAAAGAGUGAAUGUAGAGAAGUUUGAAUAGUAGGAGCGAGGGGGAAGUGGCUGGAGAGAGAUUUGGUCAAUGGAAAUUAUUUUUUAAAUUAUGAAAAACUGAAACAUGUCUAAAUCCUAGUGUGAUGUGUCCAGUAUGGUGAGAUUAAAUGUGCAGGCAUAAGAAGAGGGACCAUGAGUACCAUAAAUUUCCUGAGAAAGGGAUGGAAGUAUCUGGAGCACAAAUAGGAUUGAUGUUUGCUGCAAGAAGGGAUACUUCCACCAUUCUCUCAAAAUGAAAGGAGGACUGGGUGGGCUGGUUUUAAUUACCUUUUUAUUUACUUAUGUCUAAGUUACUUGAGCUGUCUCAGAGUAUCUGAGCUGUACCAUACUGCUUGUUUGGUUUCUUAAGAGCUACUUUCUGGCCCAGUGUGGCAGAUACUGCUAGUUGCUAACCUAAUAUAUGUUUCCUCCUUCCCCUUUACUAACAGUACCCCAGUUUUGCUUGGAGUAGCAGUGUGUCCAGUUACAAAACUCUUUAUCCCAGGCAGGCUCCAUGGCCAAGAUUAGUCAUUCCGCCUGUUCUUGGCCAACACAAUAUAGACAUGAGACUGUAGGUUUCAUGCUAAGAUUGUCUGCCAAGAGUAAGAUGGAUGAAAGGUUUUAGUGAAGAAGACUCUAUGCAUGUGAAAUUCCUCCUAAGUUACCGGUAGGGCCUUCUGUGGAGAAGUCAGCAAAGCAAAAAGCAAAGUCUAAGUGAGUAAGGAGAGUCCAGUUGAAUAGAAGAUAGCAACGAGGAAGAGAGUUGGAAAGUCGUAACUGACCGUUACGAGCCUUAAAGAAAGGUUUUUUUUUUUUUACAAGAGGCUGCAAUUGGUUAGAAGCAAUAUUGGGGAGCAAAGGGGACAUUGAUCCUACACUCCAGCCUAUAGAUGUGGAGUACAUGGGAAUAAAGAGCCCUUCUUUGAUGUGAUUGCUGUCGAGGUUUUUUCCAGGGGGUAGCCAAGUUUAAGUUAGUGCAAGAAAAUAAAGGGAAUUUUUAGGGAAGUUGUUGACAUAAAGGAGUUUCUUUGCCACUCAGGGAAAUCUUAGGGGGCGCCGUGGAAAGAAUUUCCAUAAGGGUAAGAAUUUGGGGUUUGUGGCUGGGGCAUGAGGGAUACAGAAGGUUGUCAUGAUGGCAGUACUGACAGAGAAAAUAAGAUCAGAGCUGAGUGAGAGUGGGUGAGACUAGGCUGUGACCAGUGAACAAAAGAGGGAGCCUAGGUUCAAACCCAGCGGGUUCUAAGAUGAUGGACACUCGGUCUAAUAGGAUUCACAGUAGCUUGGAAAGGAGCACCUGCAGUCAUGCUACGGCAGCAAACAUCCCUUCUGUUCGCAGGUGUUUGCAGCCCUCAAGGGUGCCGCAGCAGCAGGCAGCAGUCAGGAAGGGGUCCCACAUGCAUGUGGUCCUUGCAUGAGGAGAUCAUCUUGAGUGGUAUUCAGGAAAGGGGCUGUGCGCUGCUUGGUUGGGGAUUGGGGUUUAUGUACUAGUUCUGGAUCACCAGUAACUUGGCACUCCAGCAGCUGUGGACUCAGGCACAGCCUCACCCAGCAUGUCUCACCUGGGUUUUAUUGUAGCAACCUCAUGACUGAUUUCUCUGACUCAGAUCUUUGUUCCAGUGUGUUUUCUGUGCAGCUGGCCCAGUAUCCUUCUAUUAUUUUUUAUUAUUUAUUACUCUUGGUAGUUUUUAAUUAUAAAAGUAAUAUAUGCAUAUGAGAAAAAAUGUAAACAACAUCAGCCCUACACAAGAGCAAGGAAAGUCCUCCUUCACAGAUCCUCUUGCCUUAGAAAUUUAAUAUUGUGGAUGAGAGCACUUUUUGUACCUUCUGUGUUCAUACAAAUAUAGCCUUUUUAUAGAAACUGAGUCAUAGCUUUUAUUCAAUAUGCCUUUUUAAACUAUGUCAGUACAUGUUGUUCUGUUUCAUUCUUUCAUUCAUUUCAUUCAAAUGCCUUAGUAUUUGAGUAUGUGGAUGUACUGUAAUGUACGUUUAAUCCAUUUUCCCUCCAGAUGUUUCAUAACAACCAAUACUGCACGAGCAACAUUAUUAAUGUAUUUUGCUUUCAUCUGUUCUCCACACUGCUCCCAGGGUGAUUUGUCUAAAGUACUAAUCUGAUCAUAAUACAUUUCACUUUUAAAUCCUCCACUGGCUUUUUCUACCUUUUACCUCAGAUGUUUUCCAAGACCUUUUCAUGGUCAAACUCUUACCUGUCUUUUCAGCCACAUCCCUCUUCACUCUCUCUGGACCUUAACCUGGCCUGUUCAUCUCACACCUUCACAACAUUGCCUGUUUAAUUAUGUGUCUUGUCCUCUAAACUUUAAGCUUUGGUAAAGUGGGAACAAUUCAUUGUUCAUUGUUUUAUUCCUAGUACUUGGCCCAUAAUAGCUACUCAUUUAGGUUUUUUCCAGAAUUUUGCGCCUUUUCUUUGUUUACUUAGUAUUUCAGUGGAGGCUGAACUUAAAAUAAGACUUGGGUUUUAAGUGAUUGUAAAAGGCAAAAAUUGCAUAAAAGCAAAAUUUUUUUUCUCAGCACUAGAGUCACACUCAGCGUAGCGAGAUAUUCCAAUUGACAGGCACACAGAAAAUAAGACUGUAAGAGAACUGCAGUUUAAUUAUUCAUAUAACCUCCCCCUGCCUCCACCAUUCUCAAGUUCAUAUACUUUGUUUGGUCACUGUUCAUAUGCUGCUAAAUUGUGUAUUACACUAAAAGGAGUGAAAUGACCCAAUACUGGUGAGGGUGUCAUGUUCUUCAGGCUACUGAUGGAAGCAUAAAUUCACACAUACUGCUUACCUUUCCCCAGGACAGUAUGUGUCCAAAGUGAGAAUAUUGCUAACAUUUAACCUAGCAAUUUUUUCUCAGCUUUUAUAAAAGAAUUCUUCGUUCAAACAUGUAUAAGUAACAAGUCAUCUGAGUUUCAUACUUUAGUGAAAAACUGUCAAAUUUCUAAAUUCCCAAUAACAGCUAAUUGGUUUUUUAAAGUUAUGUAUGUUCAUUAAAUGGAAUAUAAUGUGGUCAUUAAAAUGUUAUUAUGUAUUUACUGACAAGUGGGGAUGUAUUUAAUAUACAGUAAGUCCCUUAUACACAAACCUUCAAGUUGCAGACUUUCAAAGAUGCAAACGUGCAUUUGCAUGUCCAAUCAGGUGAGCUAGUUCACGUGUCUGAUGUACAUUGUCACGUGCGUGCAUCCUCUACAAGGGAUUGUGCUUUUGUGUACUUUACAGUACUGUAUAGAGUACAGUACUACAGUGUCUUUAUUUCAAGCCAAGGAUGUCUGAAAG